CUGGGCGCGUUGCCGUAGCUACUGGAGACGCGCUCCGCGGGGCGGAGAGGCGCGCUUCCGGAGCGGGGCGCGGCAGCCGGAAGUGCGUGGCCGCCGGGGCCAUGGCGGCGCUCAGCGUCGUCUGCCUGCUGCUGGUAGCAGCAUCCUGGCGGCCGAUCUCGGCUUCAGGAGAAGAAUUCUGGCCUGGCCAGUCGGCGGCGGACAUCCUGUCGGGGGCGGCAUCCCGCAGACGGUACCUUCUAUAUGAUGUCAACCCCCCAGAAGGCUUCAAUCUCCGCAGGGAUGUCUAUAUCCGGGUGGCAUCCUUGCUGAAGACGCUGCUGAAGACGGAGGAGUGGGUCCUUGUCCUGCCCCCGUGGGGCCGCCUCUACCACUGGCAAAGCCCUGACAUCCAUCAGGUCCGGAUUCCCUGGUCCGAGUUUUUUGACCUUCCGAGUCUCAAUAAAAACAUCCCAGUUAUAGAGUACGAGCAGUUUAUUGCAGAGUCCGGCGGGCCCUUCAUCGACCAGGUAUACGUCCUGCAAGGUUACGCCGAGGGCUGGAAGGAGGGCACCUGGGAGGAGAAGGUGGACGAGCGGCCCUGCAUAGACCCUCUGCUGUACUCACAGGACAAACAUGAAUAUUACAGAGGUUGGUUUUGGGGUUACGAAGAAACACGGGGUCUGAAUGUCUCCUGCCUGUCCGUCCAGGGGUCGGCUUCCAUCGUCGCGCCUGUACUCUUAAAGAACACAUCGGCUCGGUCUGUGAUGUUGGACCGAGCUGAAAACCUGCUUCACGACCACUAUGGAGGCCGGGAAUACUGGGAUACCCGACGGAGCAUGGUGUUUGCAAAGCACUUGCGGGCCGUGGGAGACGAGUUCAGGAGCCAGCACCUCAACUCCACGGAUGCUGCUGAUAAGAUGGCCCUGGAAGAAGACUGGACGAGGAUGAAGGUCAAACUGGGCUCAGCACUAGGUGGCCCCUACCUUGGAGUCCACCUGAGAAGGAAGGACUUCAUCUGGGGCCACAGGGAGGAUGUGCCCAGCCUGGAGGGUGCCGUGAAGAAGAUCCGAAGCCUCAUGAAGACUCACCAGCUGGACAAGGUGUUCGUGGCCACAGAUGCCGUCAGGAAGGAACAGGAAGAACUGAGGAAGCUGCUGCCGGAGAUGGUGAGGUUUGAGCCCACGUGGGAGGAGCUGGAGCUGUUCAAGGACGGGGGCGUGGCCAUCAUCGAUCAGUGGAUCUGCGCUCAUGCCAGGUUUUUUAUCGGCACCUCCGUUUCCACAUUUUCCUUUCGGAUUCAUGAAGAGAGAGAGAUCUUGGGGUUGGACCCGAAGACAACAUACAACCGGUUUUGUGGAGACCAGGAGAAAGCAUGUGAGCAGCCCACGCACUGGAAGAUUGCAUACUGAGGGCCACCUGUCCACCACCUGCCAGUCACUCGGUCACAGGGUCCCCCACUUGGGUGGCAACACAUCUAAAAGCCCGUGUCCCCUUGUGUUCAUGGGCCGACAUCUACCUGUGUCUAGGCUCUGCCACCUUCAGGAUUCACAACUGUGUCUUCUCUCAGGAUCUGAGAACCCAUGUCCCCAUCACAGGUGUCACAUAUGUGCUAACCCAGAUAUGGGAGACCAUUUGUCAGCUUCGACACAGGCCUCUCAGCCACCUUCCUGAGCAAGUUGAGAAUGGUCAAUGUGUGGCAAUGCCCUCAGCCGUAGAUACAGGCUCCUGAGGUGUUGGGGUGACUGAGGUGUUGGGGUGACUCUGAUGCACUCAGGUGUGGAUGCAGGCUCCUGAGGAGUUGGGGUGACUCUGAUGCACUCAGGUGUAGAUGCAGGCUCCUGAGGAGUUGGGGUGACUCUGAUGCACUCAGGUGUGGAUGCAGGCUCCUGAGGAGUUGGGGUGACUCUGAUGCACUCAGGUGUGGAUGCAGGCUCCUGAGAUGUUGGGGUGACUGACUACUGAGAUCACUUCACACAGGGCCAGGUUGAGCAGACAGGAGGUUUUACCUCAGCCUCCACCAGUGUGGUGCCCCCACUAAUUUCCUCCUGGAGGCACCAUUGUCACCAGAGUGCUGGGAACCUUAGGACAGCCCUUGAGCCUUGCCAGUGACUCCCUCCCCUCACACGGGACCCCCAGGCUCAUUGCACACUGCUGAGAAAUAGAAUGGAGAGGUAACAGGAAUGGCCUUCAAAAGGCCACAUCUGAGACAUGCCCCUGCUUUACGAAACCCUUUCCUAGGCCUCCUGCUGCACCACGGAGGCAGAGUCAGCACAGCCUUGGCCAGGGCACCCCCAGGUCCUUGACCUGGUAUUUACCAGUAUACCCCUUCCCCCAGUGCUGUGCACUGAGCAGCCCCCACUCAGCUACUGCCUAGGUCUCCAUCCCAAGCGCCGAUGUAGAGACCCUGAGCACAGACAGGGCCCUGUGGUCCACUCAGCCGACCACGUAGAAUCACGUAUUUAUUUUCCAUUUGUACAGCCAAGCGUAUUAAUAAAAUACUUUUCCAGGAAAGCUACGAUUCU